AUGACGACUGCCUCCCAGAGCCUGGGGACGAAGACUGCCUUCUCAGUGCAAAACACUUCGAACGGCUCAAAGGUGGCAGCUUCCGGAGUGCCACCGGAUAUCCCGCUGCCAACCACAACUUUACCGGACACCACGACGCCGGCCCCAGCCGAUUCUACCACGCCGGCGCCCCUGCCAGCCAACCCUACCACACUGCCUCCGGCAACCAAUUCCACCACCACAGCGCUGACCGCGUCUACUACACCACCUCCUGCACCAGCCAACUCGACCACGCAGCCUGCACCACCACCAGCGCCAGUUUCCGUUUGUUUAGCAGGUCAGCAAAUCCCAUUCUCCAACAGAGGGCCCGGGAACGAGUGUGUAGCGAGAGCACUGGGAGAUGAAUGUGAUUAUCAGUGCAACGAGGGUUACAUCGGCGUGGGACGGCAUGUUUGCCAGACUAUCGUGAUCCAGAAUAAGGUGUGGAAGGACAAGUCCUUCUUUGGCGGCAACUGCUGGAGGCUUUGCGCAUCCACAUCAGGGCCUUGCAGCGAGGGCCAGGUACCCCUCCGUGUAAACACAACGGAUGAUCUUGGACCAUGCAUGCAGACAAAGUGCAUGACAGCGGAUGACGCAUUCAAGAACCUAGCACGGGGCAACUACGAAGUUUGGCGACGAUCCCGCAACGACUACAAUGGCUGCUACACUGAUCACAUCAACCUGGAUACCGGCAAGGCUGCUCUGGGAUCUUCGGAUACGACCGGGAUGGGGCUCAUCAUGGAAUGCGUGGCGCAUUCCAUGGGAUGGAUUUCAGAGGAGGAGUUUCUGCAGCGUGUCAACCUGACCCUUUCCUCCUAUGCCAAUGUUACGCCUCCAGCAAGGGCAGGCUCUUCCUGGAAUUUUACUCGUGGACCCAAGGGUUGGGUUCCACGCUUCUACGACCAGGACACAGGGGCACUUCUGGCUGAGGCCGGCACCAAGGUAGAGGAUGUGUGGUCGGUCAUGUCCACUGGCCUCUUCUACGUGGGUGUAAUGUUUGUGCAGACAUAUGUGCUGAAUGGCACAAAUGUGAAGCAGUCCACAGAUUCUGGUUUGCUAGUGAGACUGACUGAGUCGUUAAUGGACAUGGUGGAUUGGCACAGUAUCCUUUGUCUGCAAGCCUAUGCAUCUCAAAAUGUCGUGGAGGGGUACAAUGGAACUGGGAUUCCCAUGCUGAUGAACAGCAACGGCCUGUGCAAACAGAUCAUGUGGCCAGAGGCUGAUGGCUAUUACCCGUACAACGAGGAAAUCACAUUAGCUUGGCUGGCGGACCGAAAGGUGUGUGGACAGCGUGGGCAGGAGAACUGCUCGAUGCCUGCUAUUCACACUAUGUGGAACAGAGUUGUCGGCAGAGCCCUGCACCCAAACAUCGAGAUGUUCGGGCAUCCAUUGCUGUCCAAGUGGGCCUCCUACGUGAUUCAAAUUCCAUACUACACCACGCAUCCCGUAAACUCUUUCCCAGCCUUCCAGAAGCUGUUCAAGCAAGGGUGGCUGGCCGAUUGGGCGAAUUACAACAGCAGCGUUUUCUAUGGUGGCUCUGACCGCUAUGGAAUGGGAGCUGGCCCCGAUCUAGAAUGGUGCUCAGGAGAAACAUAUCAUGCCGACAUGUACACAGACAACCCUGCAAAAGGAGAUUGCCGUACUUGGAGUCCAGAAGCAGUCGCUGGCUGGUUGCCUGCAUCCCCUGAGGUCAUCAAGGGGCACCUUUUGCAAAUGAUGGCAAACGGUGAAUCGGUGAUCCCUGUCCCGGGCACGGACUACCAUAUACUCUGGCGCAAGGCCAUGGUCGAUCCCGGUAAGAACUGGUCGAGCUAUGUGACGCUCGUGGACCUUUGCCCAGAGCUCUUUGGCUUGAGCACCCUAUGGCUCGGAACGGAGUACUACAGAAGCAACACAAAUCAUUUCACGAUUGCUCGUGGAUAUGCCCCGGAAGUGCCGAUCUAG